AUGACACUCACUAAAACAUCCGUGUUUACUGCUCUCUGUGUACUUUAUAGGUCUCCACCCAUAGGGAUUAGUGUACAUUACGAUUCUGGCCCAGAGCCAAAGCUGGAGCCGUUGCUUCAACACGGCUCACACGAUGUCCACUUCUCCCAAGCGACAGAUAAAGAAUUCUGGGAUGAUGGUCCGAUAGAUAUCUAUGAAGCUUUUGCUCAACAUUCCUACAAGACUUUAGAUACGUGUAACAAUUCUUGUGACUAUAAAGACGAUCUAUGUGAAGCCAGAACAAUGGAAAAAUUUGAUUCAAUUAUUUCAAGAAAUUUAAUACAGAAGCCCAAACCGUUCCUUGCAAGAGGGCAGUAUGUUUUUGAGUGGGAGAAAAAAUAUUUGAGUUAUCCACCUUUGAACGAUUCUAAAACGCUUCCAGAUUUGGAGUUGUCUAAAGUGACAGUUGAAAACACAAGACAAGGUGUGGUCAGGUGUAAGAUACUUGAAACUAUACACUUUCGUCUGGAUGUCGUGGAUGGGUAUGGGCGUCAGAGAACCAAGGGAGACGAUGUGGUCAGGGUGUGGAUGAAGGGAGGUAAUAACUCGGAUUACGCUGUUGUUGGUAACGUCACAGAUUUACAAAAUGGCAGCUAUACUUUCUCUGUCAAAUGUUUGUGGGCUGGUAUCUCUAAGCUUCACGUGGCCAUCGCCUACCCUCGUGAGUUCAUCAGGACGGUCAUACAUCAGGACACCAUCUGCUUCCAUACACCAAACAUACCAGGCUGGGAGUGUAUCUGUAACUUCAGCAAGUUUGGUUAUGAGAAUUAUUACUGUGGUAGACCGAGGCAUCCGAGUCAAGCAGCUGAACGUCUUGUUGAAAACAAUUAUCUAAUAGUUACAGAAAAUACAGUGGCAGAAAAUCUUGUGCAUCUUCAAUCGUGUCGAGAGUCCAACAAACGCGUCACGUGGUCUCAAACUACCCCCAAAGGUUUCUGGUCCCCGGGUCACGUCUGGUCCUCCCUCGUCUGUAAAGACCCCGGGGUCAUCAACUCCAGCUGGACCCUGAACUGUCUCCGUGACAGCUCUGUGUGGAUCUUCGGCGACUCCAACGCCCGAGAAACCUACAACUACCUUUUAAAUCUAACCCAGUGCGAACACGUCCAGGGAGGGUACCAAUACUGGGGACAUUGUUUCCAACCCAUGUACAGUCUCAGCAUAAACGUGAAUUCUCACGAGGGUCCUAAGUACACACACGCAUGGUCGUCUGACUAUUUUACCGUCCCAAGUUUUAUACAGAAGCUUCCAAAAAACCAGAAACAUAUUCUCAUCAUUCAGUAUUACCUCCACUACACGGCUGCCCAUCUCGCUGUGCUGUCGUUACGUAUGAAAUCUCUGAGAGCCGCCAUAGAAAAACUGCUUGAAGAAAAUCCUAACGUCUUGAUAGGACUUAGAGGUCCUCAUAUCUCAACGUGGCAGUAUAAUGAAAACCAUGCAAUAGGGGGAGAUGCUUUAGGGCAACAGUACAUGGAGAUUAUACGAGAACGGUUCAAAGGUUUGGAAGAUAAAGUCGUGUUGUUGGAUCUAUGGGAGAUGACGAUUGGAAUCGAGAACGCUGAUUUUCAUCCACCAGCGUUUGUCAACAGGGAGAUGAUUAAGUUUUUGUUGUCUUUUCAGUGUUUGUGA